UAUCCAUGGAGACAGAAAAGUUGAAUAUAGUGAGAAUAUAGUGAGAUAUAAAAGUGUGACACAAUAUAUUACAAUACCUCAGUGGAAAUAUUUACUCUGACAUGGAUUAUGACCGUGACACAAAAAAGUGUCUCCAUCGUCGUGAAGACAAAGAGGAGCCCUGCAAAGUGAAGAUGGCCUGCCGUCAGCAGCGGGAGAAGCCGCUCCUGUAAAGUCACUUGUUUCUGCAAGCGUCCCCGCCCGGAGGCGAGACAGCAGGCGCCGGUCCUCGGAGACUCUCCGCGGCUUGGGAUGCGCAGAGAUGUGAGAGUAAAAAGAACGAGUGAGCGAAGGAUUGUGAUUGGCCGCGCUCAUCCUGAAAGCCACCGAGGAGCAUCGGGCGAGGCAUGUCAGAGAAUUCACGGGGAGGCAUCAAACUUGGAGAAGACGUGCGUCGACGCGUUUGCAGCAGCAGCGGGCUGUGUAGGUAAACUUGCGCCAUCUCCCGCCCCGCCAGGACCCAACGAGGAAAGGACGCGCUUUCCGCGGUGCUGAAACGGGUGGGCUCGGCUGAUCAACUAGUGAAGAAGAGGAGAGACAGUCUCACUUUGUUCCCCAGCGUCAUGGUAGAUGUUGGAGCUUUGAUUAGAACCUAUUAUAUACGCACCAUACUGUGCCGCAUUAUGGUGUGGAUGAAGUUAAGGAUGGAGAUGGAUUCCCUUUGGAUACGACUACGAAGAAUGCCCCGUGGCUUUUGGUUCAUCCUGCUGUUUGGCAUUGGAGGUGCACUUCUCUUCCUUCACCUAGAGAUCCUGUCAGAGAUGUUCCUACAGCAAAGCCCUGGAAUGAGCUCUCCACGGCAGUUCAAAGAGGGCCUCCAAGCAGCAGAAGCCAACCCCGUCUCCCCAAUGCAGCACCCGAACGUUGAGGAAAGCAAACAGAAAGCUACCACUGUCUCUCAGGAGCAGGAUAUAGGCACCCCUCAAAUCACCAAGAGACAACGAAAACUACUGAAAACAAGUCCUCAGAUCAUUCACAGCAAAAAUGUCUCCCUAACAUCUCUUCCUGGUUUUUCUGCAAAGGGGAGCCUGAGUAACCUCUCAAGUAUCUUAGAAGCACGGAAGCAGGUAAUAAAGAAUAUGUGUGCAAAAUAUAAAAGCGGCAUCUCAAGGACGAUCACACCAGAUCAUGUGAAAUACAUAUAUGUGGAGGAGAAAUACAAAGUAUUGUACUGUGAGGUGCCCAAAUCAGGUUGCUCCAACUGGAAGAGGACCCUUAUAGUGUUGUCGGGCAAGGCGUCCAAACCAGACAGCCUUAAUCAUGAACAGGUACACUAUGGUGGGUACCUCAAGACGCUGAACAGAUUCAACCAAAAAGAAAUAAUGCACCGUCUCCAAACCUAUAAGAAAUUUAUGUUUGUCCGUGAGCCCCUGGAUAGGGUUGUGUCAGCAUACAGGGACAAGUUUGAGAAUCCCAAUGACUACUACCACAAUCUGUUUGGAAAACCCAUCAUAUCAAAAUACAGGGUGGCACCAUCUGCAGAAGCCCUUAAAACUGGCAAUGGGGUCACAUUCAAGGAGUUUGUGCAGUACUUGCUGGAUGGACAUCGACCGGUGGGAAUGGACAUCCACUGGGAGCAAAUGAACAAGCUCUGCCACCCUUGUCUCAUAGACUAUGAUCUGAUCGGUAAGUUUGAGAACAUGGGGGAGGAGUCCAACUUCCUGCUGCGAAUGAUUGGAGCACCGGACAGCCUCAAACUACCUAGUUUUAAAGACAGGAAUCCAAAAGACGCGCGGACCUCUAAAGAGAUCACAGAAAGAUACUUUUCCCAGGUCAGCUUGAUGGAGAGACAGAGAGCAUACGACUUCUACUACAUGGACUAUCUGAUGUUCAAUUACUCCAAGCCUUUUAAUAAUCUUUACUAAUCUAUCAUGUGCCAUGGGUCGUUAAAAAGUAACAUUCCACAUCUACAUCUCUACCAUGGUUUUAAUCUUAACACAAAUAGCAAUUCAUGUGCAUCAUUUGGUUCUUUGGACCCAAGCAGAGACCAAAUAUUUGGAUUUAAUAAAACCUGUUUUUUCUUGGGGGGCAGGGGGGGUGUUCACCACAAAUAUUUUAAUCAUAGUAUUUAAGUUGUAUUAAAUUGUCCAACUAAGCAAUGAUUUAUAUAAAUGUGUAAACACAAACAAAGUGAUAGAGUUAAUAGACUUUAAUCUUAGUGUGAGUCAGGUAGGCCUUUUAAUAAAUGUAAGUGAGUAAUGGGCAACAAAAUCUAUAGUGAAAAGGGUUAAACAGAAAAAAAAAACAGAGUAAAAAAACAGAAAGCAUUCAAACAACAUGGACCUUCACAGAAAAAGUAAUCACUGCUCUUGUUAAAUCAUGAAUUGACUGUGCUGCACCCACAGCUGAUUACUGUGAGAGCUCCAGAAUCAAGUUUUAAUUUUUAUAGAACCUGCUUGACAACAUUGACAUGGCUAAAAGAUUAAUCUCAAAAAGUAAUGCAUCUUUCCCCGAUCUAAAGAGAAAAAUUUGAGAAGAACAACGCCAAGGUGAAAACUAAUACUCUUUAGAAAGAGGGUUGUCUUACAUUGUCUUACAAUGCAUUCAAAGAAAGGGAAAAGUUUGGGAAAAUAUUCUCAAAAGUGAUGAAAUGAAACUGAAACUACAUCCCAUUGCAUUACACAUUGAUAAUAACCUUUCAGAAUAUAAAUAUCUGACUGUUGCUGCUUUGGGCUCUGAAUGACUUGCUGUAAUUGUAAUUCUGCUCUGUUGAAAAAUCCAGAAGGAAAAUGUCUGUUCAGUUUGUGAUCUGCUCAAGGGCAUGUGGGUAGGAACAUUUACCAAAGUUCACCAGCAACUCCUCUGGCUCAAAACAAAUAAGGUUUUUCUCUCUACUUUCAACAGUUUUCUUGAAAAUAGAGUUUCUCCACAAGCUUAACAAAAGACAAUUAUAUUUAUCAGAAAUGCUUGUUGGCUGGUAUUUUGUGUUAAGUUUUACAGUUAAUUCAUGAUUUGAAAAGGUUUUAAUUACUUUUCCACAUAUGGCCAGGUUGGUUUGAACAACUUUAUUUCUACAUUGUUUCUCCUCAGUUAAUAUUUUCCCUGAUAUUAGAAUUAGUUUGACAAACAAAGACAUUUGAAUGUGUCAAAAAAGCAUCACAGCUUUGUAACUUUGAAUUACUACUGUUUAAUUCUUUUAAAAAAUGUUUCAUUUCUAUUGGCCUCAGUUUUUGAAAAUCGACUUCUUUUAUUUUGAAAUGUUUUUUCAUAUAUUAUGUGACUUACAGUAGGUCAGACGUCAGUAUGCCUCUGUAUAUGAGUUCUAAUGCAGAUCAUUUGUGUAAAUGGCUUUACUAAUAUAAACUAUAACAAACUUACACUCUUAAUAUUAUGAGUAAAAAAAACAAACUUUAAAAUGUGUCAAAUGCUGCCCGCUUGAAAGCUGUGUGCACUUAUAGUAGCAUUUUUAUACUUCUAACACAAACAUAAUGUAUAUGUAGUCUAACUCAUAACUGUGCUGUGGGUCUGCCGUCAACAGAGGUUGUUUCUGGAGGUUGUUGGUGUAAAUGCAAGGCAUCUCUAUAUUUGCAAGGUAAAAGUUGUUGUUGCCAGUAUUCCUGUAUGUUGGUGGUGCUGACUUGCCAGUCAAUCAAAUCCCUCAAAAUGAAAUGAGCAGCAUGCUGUUGUUAUGCAGACAAAAACAGUUGCAGUUGAUUUCAGUAUUGUUUUCCUUUAAGUAUUGGAUGUGGACGAGGAAAAGAUUGUGGCCAUCAGCCGCAUUAAAUAUCUCCUGAACAGCUUUCACUUCCAGAUCUCACGCCGUUCGUAGCCCUAUUUAUAUGUAUCACAUGUAAUCUUCACUACUGUACAGGCUUCUUUCUGACUCUACUGAGUAGAAUUGUAUAAUGGGCAUUCAGAUUACUAUAUAUUUUUCUACGUAUUUCUAAAAUCCAUGUGAAUAUAAAAAAAAAGGUAUAUUUAGUGCUUCUUGGUGAAAGUACGUUUAACUCUAUUUGAUGUCAUUUUUCUCUCUUUGAGUAAUACAAGUGUAGUAUUGUGUCACUGAAGAGUUUCUUUCCAAAGCUGAAUAUCCACCAGCAGAAAAUCUUUCUGAAGUCGUAGGAACAAAUUGAGCACACAAGAUUCUGCGUAGGUGAAAUUGUAACAGUUGGUGAUUUAAGGUGCGUUUCCACUGCAGGAACCUUUUCCAGGAAACAAAGGUGUUUUUUUUUUUUUUUUACCUUGGUUUCCUUUUCAGAAACAAGGGCCAAAUUAUAUAACCAAGGUAGAAAUAUAUGCAAAAGCUGUUCUGAUAGAGGUGGGAAAAAAAAUUGAUGGCCUUUGAGCUGUGGUUGCAAGAUAAUUUUUUACAGGUUGAACAUAUCCCAGGAUUCUGUUCCAGUCAUCCCAGCUUAACCUCUUUACAGUUAAUUUUAAAUAAUGAGACAAAAGUAAUUAUUAAUGGUGUUUGCAAACCAUAUAAAUCACUCGCUCUUGUUGAGCAUCAUGUUAACAUUCAAGCACAUUAAUGAAAUCAUCUAAGCUUAGUGGUUAAUUGAAUAAAUUAAAUGAAUCACAGAUUUCUACUUUCAGCCUUCUGUGGAAAUUGGAGAGUAACAUUUGUGUGAAAGCUGAUUUUUAGACAUUUUAACUGUCAAUGUUAUAAUAUUAUAUCACAUUUAUAUUUUCAGAUGCAUUAAUUAAUGCAUAUCUUUGGUUUUAUUUUAGUUUAGCAGACACAUUGAAGCUUGUGCAGCCUUUGAGUCCUGUCAAUGGAGGCUUUAAGUUUUAAAACUCAGUGCAUUUUGUCCUUUUUCCUUUUUUCUCAAUUGAUUCACAACAAAAUCUUCCAAAGUUAAAGUUGCAACUAUAACUUAAAAAUUAUGAAUGCAAGUGACUCUGUAAACUAUAAAGAGUGAUCACAAUAUCAGAUAUGGUUGUCUAAGUCAUUGUCUGUGACUCAGAGUCAGUGCACAUAGUGUGUGAGUGACCACAGACAAAAUGCACAUAAAAUGCAAGGAUAAAAAAAUGUUUCCAGGAAAUUAAGUCCCUCUGGAAUAAUUCUGGGUCUCAUUGUGGAAAUGCACCUUUAGAAAAGAAAGCAUCUUAUUCUGUUAAAAAAAAGAAAAAAAAUGAAGGAUAUAUAAAAGUUUGGAAAUAAGCUCUUUAAUUAUUUAAACUCUGAUGUAUGAUGAGCUUAAUUCAACCUCAUAACACAUCUUGGCUCCUGAUAUUUUUUUAACCCCAAAUUAGUUGUGUGUGUGCUUCAUGGAUGGCACUGAAUGCGGUUUUUAGAUCCUUGUCACAAAAAAGCGUCUUUCACCCUUCUGAAAGUGUAUAUUACAGAAACACUGCGGAAAUACACUGGAGCAGCACUAUCAUCUCCAUGAUAAUACACCACUGAUAUAUUCCUCACACAGAAUGCAACUUUCAAGACAUAAAAGCACGAAAAGUGCGUUCUGUUUGGACUCAAAAGUCAGAUUUUCCAAAGUCAGCAAUCAUCAAGUAACCGAGCAGGUUCAGUAUCUUAUACAGCUUGUGAAAUCUGCAGAUGCUAUUGAUAACACUUUCUACACUUUAUAUCUUAUUAAACCAGUUGCACUUAGGGUGAUGUAAAAUAUCUAUGAGUAAAAGUGUUCCUUUUAGUGGUUUUAAACACUUAAGAUGGAGAGAAAUGCAUUGUUAUUGUCUUGUAUUGCUAACGGUAGGUAGCAACACAGCAACUCGUAAAUCCUACUGGUUUUCCCAAUCAGUGUGACAUCAUUCCCAGAUCCAAGCUCCAACUUCUUAGACAAACAGAACGCAGCGUAAGACUUGCUUUUAGUUGUUGUUGUUAUUUGUCUCUUUGAUGCAGGUCACACUACUUAAUGUGCACUAACCUUCUCACUCAUGCAUACUUGCACUUUGUAAUCAUUUGCUAAAUUACAUUUUAACUGUAGAGUUAAGCAUGGCUUUAAAAUUAAGAGAAAAAAAUAAAAAUUGUUCAGACUGUUGGCUCACUGUGAA